AUGGCGGGCGUCUUCGGAAAUUUGAAUGAGAACCAGGUGCUGCAGAUCUUGUGCUACCUGGCACCCGCGGAUGCCAUCUCCAUGACCCAAACUUCCAAGAAUGAAAUGUUUGCGCCAAAGAAGGCUCUUAUGGAGGGCUACUUCGAGCACUGCACCAGGCGAAUUUUUGUUUUGAGCAAGUUGGAGGCUGCAGACGGAGCUGUCACAGGUGCUGCCAAUGGCUAUCCCGCUGUUGGCGCUCCAGCAGUGACCUCUUGGUACGAAGCCUUUCAGAGUUGGCAUCAGGCACGCUACAGGUUUUGUUUCGUCGAUUUCAGCAUGGAAAGGCCGGCACAUGGAAGUUCGCCAAGGACCGGUGGUCCACUAUUUCCCUAUCGUUGCUUCGCCGGAAGAUUCUGUACGAAUCCCCAUGGCGAAUCGGCGCCAGCUUUGUGA